AUGUCUCGUGGCAACCAGCGUGAGGUUGACCGUGCAAGGGCCAAGGCGAGAGCUGCCAAGGUUCGUCUUCAGUCUAAAGGGGGAAGCAACAAGAGCGGUACCAAGGUAAAGCAGGAGAAAGAAAACGACGCCGAAGAAAUGCGACGAAAACAGGCAGCUUCUGAUGCUCGCAAGGCUGCUGCAGGCACCGGAGGCAAGAAAUAA